CUCGCAAGGCCCGGCGUGGAGUGCCCACUUACCUUCAAGUGAAAACAUAAUUUAGUUACAGUCAAGAACUAGCCAUCAACGGUUGAAGAGUGUGAAUAUGCGCGCUUAGCACUUGGAUAAUACCCAAUAACAUUAUUGUUUGAUUAGGGCCGAGUGUUGCCUUCGCGAGUGUGCUCUUGUUCGCGGAAAGUGAUCUUGAGCGUGAUUUUUCGAGUGCUUGUUGAUCAAUCAACGAAAAAUAAAACGAAUCGUGCGAUAAUAAGUGAUUCAAAAUUGAGCACCCAAGUGAUAAAAACCUAUCCUCCGUAAACCUAAAGAAGAUUUCCUCGUGUUACCCGUGUCGUAAAAAUCGGUUCAAAGUGGCCGCGGAAAAGAAGGAAGCUGGUGGUGGUUCCCGCACCAGCAGCGACAGCCCGCAAAAGUCUCCCCCGGUGCGGCGGAGAUCCGUUUCGUCCCCGGCGCCAACGCCUGCAACGCGCCGUUGCUCUCCGUCACCGCCGCCAGCGGCUCCGGUCCAGGUUCGGUCCGGUCUGGGGGACACCAUCAUGUCUCCGACGGUUGGCACGGCGGCCAACACCCCAACGGCUGCCGCCGGUGUGCUGAACUGGGGCCCACUGCUGUUCCCCACGGCGUGGAAUCCGGCCCUGUUUCCGGCCUUUUAUCCUGCCGCGUUGCGAUCGCUUCCCGGAUUCUUGGACAACAUUAAAUUGCCGCAAUCGCAGCGAACAACCCACACCGGCUCCGGUUUCCACAUCAGUGACAUUCUUGGCCACAAGGACAACCGGUCGAAACUUUCGACCGCAUCGGACCAUGACGAAAACACCAGCGACGAGAUCCACCGGCACCACAAUCACAGCAGUCUGACGGCAACGGAUACCGACAGUAACCACGGCAACGUGACGCCCGGUAACAGUGACGACGAUAGCAGCAGUCACAGCCAGCUGACGGGCGGGGGUCGACGCCACCAGGGCCGAUCCGGCCCCGUGGGGGGCGGUAGCGAGCAACUGUCUUCGCCGGAAAUGCUCGACAGUAAGCCGAGCCUGCGGUCCACCCUGGCGGAGGAUUUGCACGCUCGUUUCACCACCCUACCUGCCUACCACCCGCACCAUCCCCACCAUCCGCUGUUUCCGGCUGCGGCGCGGCCAUGGCUGUAUGAAACGUGUAACACGCUUACUGGCUCACACGCACAGCAUGGGCACCCGCUCCAGCAACAACAGCAGCAGCAGCAUCAUCAGCAUCGAUUGACGCAGCAGGUCAGCCCGGAUAGUACGGGAUCGCCCGUGCAUUCGGAACAGUCCUACCAUGGAGGAUUCAGCGGUGGGAGUGCGUCCACCGGAAUCAACGGACAAUGCCCAAGAACGCCAAGCCCAACGGAUAGCGAGCGGCAACAAUUGGACGGGGAUGGCAACACUGAACACUCGGACGAUGUAGACAUCGAAGAAGGGUGCGACGAUGAAAUAGAUAUGCUGGAGGACACCGAGGAUGGUCCAGCAUUGAAUAACGGUAUCGGAGGCCACAAGAAGCGGAAACGGAGGGUUUUGUUUUCCAAACAGCAAACUUAUGCGCUGGAGCGGCGGUUCCGCCAGCAGCGAUACCUGUCCGCACCGGAGCGGGAGCACUUGGCUUCGAUGAUCCAACUAACGCCAACGCAGGUCAAAAUUUGGUUCCAGAAUCAUCGGUACAAGACUAAACGGGCCGCCCACGAAAAGGGUUCUAUGGAUCCGGGUGCACAUCAGGGAGGCAUGCCCUCCCCACGCCGGGUAGCAGUACCGGUGCUGGUUCGCGACGGAAAGCCGUGUCUGGGUGGAGGCAAACCGCACGAUAUGUUGGCAGCCGUUCAGACUGCUCAUCUUCAGCUUCCACCAGGUUUCCAACAUGCCAGUCUACUGCACCACGCCGCCAGGUGGUGGCCCUAGUCGUGUCGUUAUGUCAUUUGUCAAAUGUAAAUAUUCCUAUAACUUUAUGUAGUUGAAUUAGUAUCGUCGUGAGCACCAGAGCUGCUGCAUAUUUCAAUGUUGUAAAUGUAAAAAUCAAUCAAAAUCUCAGAUUUUAGCUAACUAAUAAAAAAGAUCUAUACAGGAGGCAGUUUUCCUUAAGUUGAAAGCGCAAGAGUCUAUUUAAUUAUAUUUAGUUAAUUUAAACGAGAAUGACUUCAGAGGAUCGAUCCAAGUAGCCAUCUGUCGAAUGAAACAAACAAAAACACUAUCGCGCAAAUCAAUCUGAAUCGUUCGAAUACUCUCAACAAGCAUAUAAGUAUGUGAUACAAUGUACCGGAAGAAUUAGAAUCAUAAAUAAAUUUCUUUCCAUUGGAAAAAAUCAACAAA